AUGUCCGAAAACAAAGGGCCCAUGGCCCUAGCGGCCGUCAUCGUCAUCUCGGCUGUCAGCACAACCUUCACAGCUGCUAGGCUUUUCACCAGAGGAACGGUCAUGGGGAAGCUCAUGCUGGACGACUACCUUAUCCUCGCCGCAGUGAUUCUCGGUUGGAUGAAUGUGGCGACAUUUGGUGUCGCAGUAUCCCAUGGCUUCGGCCAGCACGUCGACAACCUCACCGUCGAGCAAAGGUCCCAAGCAAUGAUGUGGAGCAUCAUCGGCUACACGCCUGGACUGCUCUCACUUAGUCUGCCAAAGCCUGCUGUCGUCGCCCUGCUCACCAAGGCCCUCAACCCCAGCGUAUGGCACAAGAGGAUUCUCUGGUCCAUCGCAAUCUUGUGCGUGACCAACUUGGUCCCCUACAUCACUCUCUACUACGCCCAAUGUCGACCGGUGCAGGCGGUGUGGGAUCCCUCGGUCAGCGGCACCUGCUUGAGCAAAUCAGUCCUCAUAGGCUACGCUACGUAUUCUUCAGCCUUUUGCGCUUUCGCGGAUGUUUACCUCUCUGUUUACCCCGCGGUGGUGCUCUCGAAACUGCAGAUGAACAUUAGGAAGAAGAUUGCUUUGGGAAUUGCCUUGGGCCUCGGAUCAUUGUCAACUAUUGCCGUCAUUUACAAGAUAACCAAGCUUCCCAUGGUCGCCAGCCCCGAUCCCACAUUCGACACCGUUGACAUUGUGAUCUGGACAAUUCUCGAGGGCAGCAUAAUCAUCAUAGCCGCAUGCGUCCCCGUCCUUCAACCCCUCGUCGAGUCCGUAUUCGGCAAGCGCAUAUUCUACGGCAGCCGCAGGUACCCAUACAGAAGCUCAGAAGACACAUCUGACAAGUUGAAGUCGAGCAAGCGAACCUUUGGAAGCUGCUAUUCUCGUCAGACCAUGGAAAAGAGGCUAGGCCACGGCAUGUCCAAGGGCUCCAUCAGCCUGACCACAACCGUCGCCGCCAAGGGGAGCCAGGAGAGGAUCUGGGAAAAGCAAGAGCCCGAAGGAAAGAUUGUGGUGGUUGACACUGUCACUGUCACGGUGGAAUCGCCGUCCUCGUCAUCCUCCGCAAGCCAUAGUUGA